CGACCAAGUCUCAGCGAGAGAAAACCCUGCUAAUUACCUUUGAUAGGAAAAGCCUGUACCGCGACGUGAAACCCAACCGUUUUCUAUUUUGUAUUCCACGCAAAUGUAUCCAAGAGCGUACGAUGUUCAGCCUAGUUCGUAUUCCUACCCUCCGCAGAAUUAUGCAGGAGCAGUUCACUUUCCUUAUGGAUAUUCUCAGUCGCGAUUUACUAACUACAGCAACGUUCCGAUACAGCCGCAAGAUCUCUCAGAAUUGCCGCGACACCCUCCACCUCCACUUUCGCACCUAACCGAGCAACUGAGUGGAAACCAUCGCGCUCAGACAGAAGAUCGGCCUUCGUGCAUGCUUCAAGAAAAAGGUUUACCAGUUUUCUUCCGAGUCACUUCGCGUCCGCUUGAUCGACGUAGAAAUCGUCGAGGAUCAGAGUCCUUCGACGACGGCGUUAAAGGUAACUUCCCCGAUUGAAUUGGUUUCCAUGCAAAAUUUCCUGCUGUUUUCCUUGUAUUGCCAUAAUGGCAUAUGUUACUAAAACGAAAACAGAAACUUAUGUUUUCUUUGUUGCACUUUUCUAAAGGAGAUUGUCGUUUUAUUUAUCUAUAGUUUCCACAGGACUUGAUACAAAUACAUGUGGGUAUGUUUAAACAGGAAAGAUUCGGAGAAAGAGUAAAUACUCUGUUAAACAGAAUGCCAAUAGCUUAAGGAUUCACAGAAGUAAGACCACGAAAUCAAACUCUUAUUUUCAUACAUAACAUUGGCUACUUUCCAUGCAAAGCUUCCACUUUCACUAAAAAAAGAAAGAAAAAGACAUUUCCCAGUCAUGCUGAAGCGUGUUUCGACGUAAAUAUAUAAACUGUCACCAAUCAUACAUUACAACAAUUACUUUUCGAACUCAUUUAGAUCAACAAAAUCUCAUAAUUAACACUUCUUAUUUGCUCUUUAGUGAUUGCCACUCGGUAAUAGCUGAUCAAACGAAGGAAAAUCCUUUAGAUCUUCAUGUUGUUUGACAGUUUCAAUUGAUGAACUAAAACAACAAAGCUGACUAAACAUGGAGGGCUGUUUGUGAACGUUACGCUAUUAUCACGGAAUUUCGGCGGCUUAGUUGGCCCAUCAUCUACCAACUCACGCUCAAAAUUUACAGUAAAUGUCAGAAUACUUUUACUAUUAUUCCUACAAUGUGUGUCCGUUAGGAAUGUGUAAUCUUGUUGUAGACUAGAAGCAGAAUACAACCACUAAAGACCUGACUUCCCGAAGGGUUUCACGUAGUAAAGCUCGACCAUACCGUCAUAUUCACCAACUUUGGAUCGAACUAAGAAAUCUUUCCACUUCCUACUUAGUGACGUAAGUUUUCAUUUUCAAUUUGGAAAACGCAAAUUUUUAAUCGAACACCACAAAAGAAUGUUUUCUCUAAUUGCACGUAGUAACAAUUUGAGGUUAUCAGUUAGCCGCCGGGAAAGGAAGUACACAGAAUCUUAUUUUAGCACAAGGCGAAACACACUUUUUAUGAUAGCAUCAUAGACCCAAACAGGACCAACGACUUUCGGAAAAGAUUCAAAUUUCAAACUGAACUCUUCUUGAUCACUUAAAUUUUUAUUUGUCUGUAAUGAGAGUUAAGUUCGCCAUUGCAAUAAGAAAUGCAACUCUGCAAAUCUGUGGUCUAUUUUGGUGGUCUAAUAACACCCUUUCGAGUGCUUUAGUUACAAAUUUCUCCGACCUGUGGUUUUAACAAUUAAUCAUACUUGAAGUUGGCCACAAGAGAAGCCGCACAUCAAUGUAAAGAACAAGCUUAUUGACGGACCUGCUAAAAGCCUCAAGAGAUUUGAUGUACGGAGACGUGAUCCCUCAUCCAACUCUAGUGUGUGAGCUUUACAUAUUUUCGUAGUUUAUGAACCAUCUUUGAUAUCACCUUCAUUACACAAAGUAAGAGCUACAGAGGUCAGAAUUAUAGUAUCAAAGAAAAAAAGUUCAAACUUAACAGACCCAAACCUCAGUCCGACAAGAGAGAGUCAUAAAAUUCAUUGUUGACAGAAUUUGUGCAAUAAUCUGGUACCGAUUUCUGUUUGUAAAUUACUUCUUGAAAGACCAAAAACAGAUCCACAACAGUCUGCACUUGAGCUGAGUUGAUUGUUAUAUUUAUUGGUCUGAAACAAGUUAACUUCUAUUAAGCUUGAUGUUCAAUUUUGAAACUUAGACUAUUUGUUCAAUGUGUUACAAAUUGGCCUCACCUAUGAAGAUCCAUCUCAGAUAAGUAAACACUUUUGAUUCAUACAGAAAGCAACUAUGUUUAAAAAGAGAGCCUUAAACACAGCUUUACCGUUUCCCAAUAGCUCUCAUUGUGAAAAUGUUUGGGAAACUUUUGUCUGCUUAACGAGGAAUUGGCCUUCACGAGUUCCAAAUAAAAACUUGUUCACAAAGCAAGCUGUAUGCAAAGCAGGGCAUUCUCUCGUUGCCUUACUAACAAGAAAGUCUCUCAGUCAUUUGGAAUCGAAUUUUUUUUACCAUUUCUGGCUGAAGAUAAGACCGUUUUUAACUCUUCUGUACCAAAAUGCAUAACUGCGAAAUGUUUAUGAAAACUGAAGAAUAUUUGGUUGACCUACACCGUCCUUUCGACUAAGGAAGAUCCAGUUGAUGUAGGCUUUCGAAAAUGUCCACAUUUCUAAAAUCAAUUUCUGUCUGGUUUCCUUGGACAAGAACGAAUAGCUUAGUAAUGAGAAUGGCUAAUCCUUCAGUUGACGCCUAACAAGCAUCAGUCCGAGAAUUUAAAUGCCUUUGUUGGCUCACACGAUUUCAAAGUUAGGCGCUUUAUUCUCUGAAAUACCUUUACUUUGAAGAUAAUUAACAUAAUAGAACGUGGUGGUAAAGAAUUCUCAUCUGGGCGAACGCAAAAUUGACACCCCCAGCUCUUACUUAUGUGCAUGCGAACCAAAGAAAGAACCAAAGUGAAAGGUGGCUUGAGUACAAGAGAACUGAUCAUGACUCCAAAACAAUAAAGCUGAAUUCCAUUGUUUUGCACACCAAGCAGCCCAAAACUUUAAACAAAAGUUUCAACUCAUUAGGCUCGACACUUUAACCGACACAAAAUUACAGAGAGAAUAGUAAGCUUUCUGCCUUAUCUCAGAAACGGGAGAUCGGAAAAACCACAAAAAUGUUGAUUUUAGUGGAGCGUUUAAGGCGGUUGAGAUGAGAGGAUUUCAAAAGGCACCGAACUUCAACCAUCUCUGACGACGACACAGUCCUCUACAACCCCACCUAUUCAAGUGUUGGUACUUCCUGUAUAGUGAUGGAGUUUCUGAAAAAAUUCUGAAAGACUGAGCAAGCCUAAAAGAAUUACUAUAUUUGAUUAAAAAGGGAGGUUUGAUAAUGAUAUAUCAGCAUUCUUUGUAUCCAAAUUGCAUAAUGUUUUCUUACGGUGAGUUCAAGCCAUCUGAAAGUCAUCAAAAUGGCGCACCCGCAUAUUUCGGCGCUGAAAAAGUAACGCCAUUUACGUGGCUGACUUUUUAUUUUUUACGAAGGGGCAAUUGAUUGUGGGGAGAUUUUCUUCCUGCGAGAUUAGAGUUAACUUCUUUAUUGAAUUCCUGCAAUAGAUUUAAAGAAGUCCAACCUUCCAAGCAAGUACGAUUUUGAAAGAGAAAUGCCCCGAGGCUAAAAGAAAUGUUCAUUGUUUGUUAUUGUUGUGCGUAUUGUCUUUGUUGAGGAAAGUUUAGACUGAAGAAAAUAAGAAAACAAAGACGAAGUUACCUAAAUGGAUCUGAUGGAGUCGCGUUACCUUUUACUGUGUUUUAUCUUCUUAUCUCUCGAUGAUUUUUGAUGAUUGUUUUUCUCUGGUGAAGACGUUAAAUCAGUUUAUCAAUUUAUGCUCACAAAGAGAAAGAGAUGCCUGAACAACCAGCGUUUUUCUUCCGAACUCGAGAAUUCAUCAGACUGAGUUGCAGUUCAUCUUCCUGAAGACUACCGCGAUGAAUAAUGAACGUGCCCUACGAACAAAAUCUCUAAGAUCUGUAGUGUAGCCUUGAAUCAAUAGCUGCCAUUUUGGCACAACAGAAGGCGUUCGCGUGUGAAACACAAAUCAAAUACCGUGUAACGCAUAUAUAGAGCAUUUAAAACAUGGCAGCACAACUGAUUCAGCACGCAAAUGAAAACAUGGAAUGACGCGCAACUGUUAUUAACACCAAAUUUUAAAACGCAAGUGUUGCGAGCAACAGUUUAUAUGAAAAUGACUACGGUAAAUCAAUACUUACUCUUAGCGCUCGGAGUUCGGCCUUCGAACUUCAUCAAUGACUCUUGCUCUGCCGCGUAUCAUGGCGGCUUCCUUUUAACUCUAAACAGACCAAUGCAUUGCUGCUCCCUCUUCCUGACUCUUUGCAUGACUACUAACUAAACAUAAUGGCUCUUAGCUUCACUGCGUGAAGAUCCCAAACAACUCCGAUGCGCGCAAGCAUUCCUACAGAGUCUGUAUUUUGAACUAUAAGUAUCCAAAACAAAACCUCGACUGGAAAGACCAUUAAAAAGCCGCAGUGGAUAUUUUUUGUUUAAAUGAGUUUAACAUCUGAGUUAAUUUAUUUUGAGAAAGGGAAAGAAGUUGAUUUGCGAGACUCCCUGGCGCGCUGCUCAGCAGUAUCCCCUUGAAUUAUAUUUGGUCUUCCUUUUUGUAUUUCUAAAACAGAUUUUCCCAGUUCUGAGGAACAAACGGGGUCAAGUACAGACACUAAGAAAAGAAAAGAGAGGACAGCUUUCACAAAACAUCAGCUUCAAGAACUGGAGAAUGAAUUCCUUCGUAACAAUUAUCUAACAAGGUUGAGGAGGUACGAAAUUGCAGUGAGUUUGGACUUGACCGAAAGACAGAUAAAAGUUUGGUUUCAAAAUCGGCGAAUGAAAUGGAAGAGGAUAAAAGGGCAGCCUUUACAAAAAAGGGGGAAUUAUUCUGUUGAGGAUGAAGAGGAAGAAACAACGACAUGAUUGUUUAUGGAUCAAAUAAAACAUACUAUAAAGAAAGAACUUGUGAAUCCAAAUUGCGAUGUACACCAAAGGGAACUGUGUUCUGUUGGAUUUUCUCCACGGAUUUGGAGACACAAGCUCGAUAACUUCAAGGAAAGCCAGAGAUUUAAAAGGAAAAGGGCGAAGAUCAUAUUUAGUCAGAAACAAGGGAGCUAACAUAGGUAAAAUUAAGAAAUUUAUUUGAACCGUUAAUUUGUCGUUCGGAUGGAGGUAAUAUUAAAAGGUAACGCGGCAUGGCAAUCCAUUGAAUACAAAAAAACAAAAAUUGCGGAAAUGGUAAAGAAAAUUGUAUUUUUUAUCUAUGUACAGUCUGUAAACCUCUAUCACAUAUAUUUUGAAUUGUAACUCGUAAUGAAAAGAACACGAAUGCUGAUUUAAAAUGACAAAUUCAAAACACAGCGGAAGUCGAUUGGAAUAAGUUGCAAAAGACUGAGAGGAACAAAGGCAAUAUAAUAUUACAUUUGUCGUUCUUUCUUUAUUUUCUGAAUCCGUAAAGCCUCACUAUUUUAAAAUAUAGAGAAUUUCAGUAUUGUAGCUAAGCUUAAUGUAUCAGUUUGUAGAUUUCUUGUUACUCGUUUAGGGGAACUACUACCAAUACAGAAGGUGUCAAGUGCCCGGCUUGCUCGUUUUAAUUAGAUUCCGAGACCGAGUGGUCUAUGUGAUCUAUGUUGAUGCACUUAUCUGUUGCAGUGCUUUAUUUUAAAAGGAAAACUGAGUUACUUUACAAUUAUUUAUCCAGUUUUAAGGGAUGCAAGUGGUGAAUGAUUCAAUUGACCUUUUGCGAUUGUGGAGCUACAGUAUUCCAAGAUUCGCGAAAAAUAUAUCAGUAACUUGAGCACAACUCCAUAGUAAAUAUUAUUGAACAACGUCAAACCCAAAUCUUAAUUGUUGUAAACUUAACGCCAAGAGAGAUGGAUAUGUUUAAUGAACACCCUAUAAAAUUAAAUCGUCACGGCAAUGUAAAUUCACUCAAGACGGAAGGGCCGAUAUUUCAGGACCCAUUGAGGAGCUAAAUACAAAAAUUCACAAUGUCAUAAAACUGUGCAGAUUGUUUGACAUGUAAAAGCCUUGGCUUCGACUCGUAAUCUAGUUGGUAGUUGAAUACUUUUAAAGAAAAAUAUGAUUGUCAGUUUCUCCUUUAAAUGAUUAACUCUCCAUGUAUGGUCUGAAUCGCUAUAACCUCACUAGUUUAUGUGAAAGUAAAUAUCACCAAUAAAUUCCUACAAGACAG